AUGGCCAUGGCCAGUGAAUGCACGCCCGGACCCGGAGGAGCAACGCGCCGCCUCAUUCUCAUCAUCACAGCACUCGUGGCAUUGAUGCUUGUGCGCCCCUCCUGCUGCACUGCCGCUUCCCAGCCGAGCUCGAGCCAGACGCGGCCGCCGGCGCUGAUCCUGUUCGGGGACUCCAUCGUGGACCCGGGCAACAACAACGGCCUCACCACGGCGGUGCGGUGCGACUUCGCGCCCUACGGCCAGGACUUCCCCGCCCACAACGCCACCGGCAGGUUCAGCAACGGCAAGAUCGUCGGCGACAUCCUCGCCACCCGGAUGGGCCUGAAGCAGUACGUGCCGGCGUACCUCGGCACGGAGCUCAGCGACUCGGACCUCCUCACCGGCGUCAGCUUCGCCUCCGGUGGCUGCGGCUUCGACCCCCUCACGGCCGACAUCGUGUCGGUUCUGAGCAUGGACGACCAGCUGGAGCUGUUCAAGGAGUACAAGGGUAAGAUCAGCCGCAUCGCCGGCGCGCAGCGAGCCGCCGACAUCGUCUCGACGAGCGUCUACCUGGUGGUGACCGGCACCGACGACCUGGCCAACACCUACUUCACGACGCCGCUCCGGCGAGACUACGACCUCGAGUCCUACAUCGAGUUCAUCGUGCAGUGCGCCUCGGCCUUCAUCCAGAAGCUGCACGGCCUGGGCGCGCGGCGGGUGAGCGUCGCCGGCGCCCCGCCCAUCGGGUGCGUGCCGUCGCAGCGGACCAACGCCGGCGGCGAGGAGAGGGCGUGCGUGUCCCUGUACAACCAGGCGGCCGUGCUGUACAACGCGGCGCUGGAGAAGGAGAUCCGGCGGCUCAACGGCACGGCGCUGCUCCCGGGGUCGGUGCUCAAGUACAUCGACCUCUACACGCCGCUGCUGGACAUGAUCCAGCGCCCGGCCGCCUACGGCUUCCAGGUGUCCGACCGCGGCUGCUGCGGCACCGGGCUGUUCGAGGUGACGCUCACCUGCAACGCAUACACGGCGCACGCCUGCAGGGACCCCACCAAGUUCCUCUUCUGGGACACCUACCACCUCACCGAGACGGGCUACAACCUCCUCAUGGCGCAGAUCAUCAACCGCUACGGUCUGUGGUAG